UAUCCCGGGAAAGGCGUCGCACAGUUCCUGUGCUGUGAUUGGCCCACGGAAGAACACACAGCCAAUGAGAAGGCGGAAGGGAUGGCGCUGAAUGCGGGAGGAGUGAGAACGUUCCUGUCUUUGGUUUGACAUAACUUUAUUUGCACGUGUUGUGGGGACAGUGACACCGGCCGGCUGUGCUGCUGCGUCUGCAGGAAAGAUGGCGGCACUGGUGCAGUACGUGGUGCUCCGGAGGGACCUGCAGGCCGGGCUGGGGUGGCCACUGGGAGCCCUGGUGGCUCAGGCCUGUCAUGCGGCCACAGCUGCCAUCCACCUGCACUAUGAGCACCCACAGACCCGAGCCUACCUGCAGGAGCUGGACACCAUGCACAAGGUGGUGCUGGAGGUUCCCGAUGAGGUGACGCUGACCACACUUGCCGAGACGCUGAAGCUGGCCAACGUGGAUCACAAGCUGUGGAUCGAGCAGCCUGAGAACGUGGCCACCUGUCUGGCCCUCAGGCCGUACCCCAAGGAAGAGGUGCAUGCCUACCUGAGGAAGUUCAAGCUGCUGAAGUGAUCGCUCUGCGAGGGAAGCUGCGGUAGAUCGGCAUUUAGGGGGCUACUGACGGAGUAACCCCCAGCUGCCCCCACCCUGCCAUUCUACCCUGGCGCAGGGCACAUCCCUGGUCAGCAGGCCACGGCCGCCGUCUCCUGUCUUGGGGGCAGGUGCGUGCUGGUGGGGGAGGUACAGUGGCACAGAGAAGGACAAUAGUAUCAUUUGAAUGUUGGUCCAGAAAAUCCUGUUAUUCUGUCACUCGUCACAUUAGACACAUCAUUGGACAACAUGGAUCAUUAAAAUCCCUUUUAUGUAAAAAAAAAAAAAAAAAAAAAAAAGGUUUUAGUAACUUUUUUUCUUUUUUGGGAUAAUAAAAAAAUCUAUAUCUGAGACAUGGACGGAAGGGGAACCAGAGUGGUCGGUGGUGGAUCCAUGUCCGCCUCCUCAUUCCUACGUGGGAACACCGCCGGUGACCGGACCACUUUAAUAGCGAGGCGAGAGGAGGAAGGUAGAGGAGGUAGUGGCACGCUGCAGGCUAUACCAUAGCACCGACUCGCUGAACCAGAAUGUCAGGGAUUUAUUAGCGACUAGUUGUUGCCCGUGGCUACGCCCACGACGAAAUCGCUUCUGCCAACAUGUUUUUAAUUUGAGGUGUUCUAGUUGCAUUGGUUAGCCUGAGAGUGGCCCAUGUAACAAGCUACGCCAAUGUCACUGUGCCCGGUCUAUCCUAUGCCACCCCUUACCAGCCACAAGCGCAUGGUGCCACACUUACCUCUGGCCAUACAUUUUGUUAUUGCUGAGCUGUAACUUGGCGCAUGGGGAUGAGAGGAAGUGCGGGUGAUUUCUGGCAGUUUCCGCUAUAAAGUGAUGCCAUUUUCAUGAGAA